AUGGCUGAAGGAAUAGAAAUAUCAGUAGAAGCGUUGGUUAAAAAUCGCGGGUAUUUAAAGGCUAAAGUAACACGAAUUGUUAAUUGGUUUUUAGAAAAUAAUGAUAGUAUACAUGACUUUUUAGAAAUUCAGGUACGUGAAAGUAUGUUAACCCACGCUUUUAAAGAUUUUGAAGAGGUAGAAAAACAAAUUGUAGUUUUAGAUAUAAGUAAAGUAGACAAGGAUGAUGUAGAAGACAAAUACUUAACGUGUGUUGCUAAAAUGCAACGUAAAAUUUUAGAACUUUCCCCGCAAGCGCCAACUCAAGUAAGACAUAUAGUUCCCCAACACUCUCAUUCCCCAAAUGUUAGUUUGCCCCAAAUUAGCAUACCUCCAUUUAACGGAGACAUCACUAAAUGGAAUGCCUUUUUUCAACUUUUCUCUACCCUUAUUCUAGAUAAUCAAUCUCUCUCUGAUAUUCAAAGAUUAAUUUAUUUAAAAUCUUAUUUAAGAGAUGAACCCCUAAAUUUGGUCGAUAAUUUACAAUUGACCACUGACAACCUCCAAAUUGCCCUAAAUACCCUUAGACAAAGAUAUGAUAAUCAAUUAUCAAUUAUUUUUGCCCAUAUUAAAAAUUUAGUUGACAUUCCUAUCCUAAAUAAGGUAUCCUCACACACACUUAGGGAAUUUAUAGUUUGCAUAAAACAGAACUUUGAUUCACUGAAAAAUCAAAACAUUCCAGUAGACCACUGGGAUUUAAUUUUAAUUUAUAUUUUUUCUCAAAAAUUAGACUUUGGCACAAGAAAGGCAUAUAUAUCCGAGAGAGGUUCUCAAAUGCGCUCUUCCUCACAUGUGGUCCCUAAGCUUGAAGAAUUUCUAAGCUUUUUAGAAAAGCGUUGUUCGGUGUUAGAAGAUCUCUCUGAAAGCCCUUCAACUAGAAAUUAUUCCCAUGGACGUUCUUCUCAACACAACACUCCCUUUGUUAAAAAAAUUUCACACUAUGCUCAUGGUGGGCAACGCCAAGGCAACCAAGUCAUACCUCAAAAGUCUCCUCAAAACUCUCGCUCACAUUUUGUUGCAGGACAAAAGUGUCCCUUUUGUGAGCACCCUGAUCACAAAAUUUAUACUUGUUUUAAAUUUAAAGAUCUUAGUUUAAAACAGAAACAGGAUUUUGUUAAUCAUAAGAAUCUAUGUUUUAAUUGUCUCGGUUCAAGGCAUCAAGUAAAAAACUGUACAUCUCAGAGGUGCCAGAUUUGUCAUAUGAAACACCAUUCUCUUUUGCAUCCAAUGGAUGAUGCAGCACAGCCCUUGCAAAGCAGAAAUUCACAUUGGAGGCCAAAUCCUCAAACCCAAAAUGAACGAUCUCAAAAUUUUAACAGAAAUUCGCUUCUCAUAAAUAGCUCCCAUUCUCGGAAUCAAGGUUCAAGCCAAAGCUCCUCUCAGACUCAAGAACCACAAAUCCCAAGCACAAGCAAUGAAAUGAACUCGAAUCGCCCUCACGCUAAUAAACCUGUGACUUUGUCAGUUUUCGCCACUGAAGAUAAUGAAGUUUUAUUAGGUACUUCAUUGAUUCAAAUACCCGACAAGAAUGGUCAUUUUAUUAUUGCAAAGGCAAUAUUAGAUCCCGGGAGUACUAUAUCAAUAGUAACCCAAUCGCUGGUUCAAAGACUUGAUCUCUCUCCUAAGACGCAGCCAAUACAAAUCUCUGGUAUUGGCGGCAAAAUUAAGCACUCUAAUCACGCAAUUUCCCUGAGAAUUCAUUCCUGUCACAAUCACGAUUACUUCCUGAAUGUUAACUGCUGUGUAUUAGACAAAAUCACAGAAAAAUCCCCUCACUUUAAAGUCAACAAAUUUAUGUUGAACCUUCCCAAUAAUACACCGCUUGCAGACCCCUACUUUGAUACGCCUUCUACAAUAGAUUUAUUGUUGGGAGCAGAUGUAUACUACCACAUUCUUUCAGGCGAAUACACCAAGGUUAACAACGACUCCUUAACGUUGGUAGGUACCUACUUUGGCCACAUUCUUUCAGGAUUAAUCCCCUCCCAAGCUCUCGUUCACAAAACCCCUUUGGCAAAUUCUAAGAAUUGCUUUUUAGUGCAAUCAUUAAAUUCAGAUUGCUCACUGGACUCAUUAAUUGAGAAAUUUUGGUUACUAGAAGAUGUCUCGCCCACUCACGAAAAACCCCUAUCCCCUGAAGAUUCUAUGGUUGAACAGAAUUUUCAAAAUACCACGGUAUUUAAAGAUGGUCAUUUUCAAGUCGACUUACCCCUUAAAAGGCCCCAAGAGUCACAUCCGCUAGGAGAGUCAUAUUCAUUAGCCAAGAAAAGGUUUCACCACUUAGAAAAGCGUUUUCAAAAAUCUCCUGACCUUUUUCUUGAAUACAAAAAAUUUAUCGGUGAAUAUAUCUCACUCAAUCAUGCACGAAUUAUUCCCCUUUCCCUUAAAACUGAAAAUCACAACAAUCGAUACUUUCUGCCUCACCACUGUGUAAUUCGUGAGGACAGUACAAGCACUAAACUUCGUGUAGUGUUUGACGGAUCUAUGAAAACGUCUUCUGGGCUAUCACUCAAUGACGUAAUGCAUAAAGGAUAUACAGUUCAACCUGAACUGUUUGAUAUUUUACUUAGGUUUCGAAGUUUUAAAUUCGCUCUCACUUCUGAUAUCGAAAAAAUGUAUAGACAGGUGCGCGUUAACCCAAAUCAAACUUACCUGCAAAAUAUUUUAUGGCGCGACCAUCCCUCUCAGCCAAUGCAAUGCAUUGAAUUACUCACCGUCACUUAUGGCACGAACUGUGCCCCCUAUUUGGCUACACGCACCCUGAAUGAACUUGCCAUUAUUCAUAAAGACGAUUAUCCUCUUGCGUCUCAAGCUAUUUUAUCUCAAUGUUACGUGGACGAUGUUCUCUGUGGGCAAGAUACCUAUGAAAAUUUGGUAGAAUUACAUAGGCAGCUGUUGGAACUUUGCAAUAUUGGAAAUUUUCACUUACAUAAAUGGUGUUCAAAUAGCAAUUUAUUUUUGUCUAAAACUUGUGAUAAUGGGUCCCAAGAAAGUUUCACCAUAGAAACCGAGGGAAUUUCAAAUAAAGUCCUUGGUGUAGGCUGGAAUCCCGACUCAGAUGAGUUUUUUAUCUCUUUACCUGACACUAGGUCCGAAAGCAUAAUUACUAAACGUAUAGUUUUAUCUAAAAUUGCGCAAAUGUACGACCCCUUAGGAUUCAUAGCUCCCAUUGUUGUAAAUGCUAAAUUAAUUAUGCAAAACAUUUGGAAAGAAAAAAUUAAUUGGGAUGAACCCCUGAAAGAACCCAUUUUAACCCAAUGGACCACCUUUAUUAAAGAUCUUCCCCAACUAAUGUGUUUAAAAAUUCCACGUUUUUUCCUAGCUAAUAAUAAUCCCAGUUCACUUCAAAUUCAUGGAUUUUCAGAUGCCAGCAGGAAGGCAUAUGGUGCGUGUGUGUAUAUAAGAGCCCUUUAUCCUAACAAAAAUGUCUCUUGUCAACUUAUUACUGCCAAAAGUAGAGUAGCCCCGAUAAGAGAAAUUACAAUUCCCCGCAUGGAACUCUGUGGAGCACUUUUACUUUCCAAUUUAGUCACUCGUGUGUGUUCCAUAUUAAAAGAAAGAUUUUCAGUUGACAACAUUAAUCUUUGGACUGACUCUGAGAUUGUACUUGCUUGGUUAAAUGCCCACCCUUCUCGUUUCAAUGUGUUUGUAGCAAACCGCAUUUCUCAAAUUCAGGUUUUAUCCCAAGACUGCAAAUGGCGUCAUAUUCCAACUGCGGAUAAUCCAGCUGAUCAUCUUUCUCGCGGAUUUACCGCAGACCAGAUUCUCACCUCUACGCUUUGGUGGAACGGCCCAAAGUUCUUACUGGACCCGAAUUUAAAUUUAAAAAUGUAUGAAAAGGGACCUUGCUCCACUGAAGAAGAAGCAAGAAAAGCAAAAACGGUCUUGCUUGUUAACUCCGAAGAUUUCUGGAUAACACUUUUUAAUCGGUUUUCUAACUUCUCGCGAUUGCAACGAACUAUUGCAUUUAUACAUAGAUUUGUAAAUAAUUGUAAAGGUAAUGGUAAAAAAUUUUAUGGUGCUUUAGCUGUAACUGAAUUAAAGGCUGCAGAAAUUUUUAUAGUAAAGCAAGUUCAACACCAAACGUUUUCAAAGGAAAUCAGUGAACUAAAGUCAGAAGAAAGAAAAAUUUCAAACAAGCAAGUCCUUAGGUUAAACCCCUUUAUCGAUACCUCCAAUCUCAUAAGGGUUGGAGGCAGAUUAUCCCAAGCACCCAUAUCAUUUGAUCAAAAAUUUCCAAUUUUAUUGCCCUCAAAAAACCAUGUUGUUGGACUCUUGCUAAAAAAAGAACACAUUAGGUUAGGACAUGCUGGAGAACAAAUUAUGGCAGAUCUCCCUAAAUCCAGAGUUGUCCCUUCUAGACCGUUUUUAACAACAGGUGUCGAUUUUGGAGGACCAUUUAUUAUUAAAUCGUCAUCUCUUCGACGCGCCAAAAUUGAAAAGGCGUAUAUCGCUUUAUUUGUAUGCAUGGUCACUAAAGCUGUUCAUUUGGAGCUAGUAUCAAGUCUCUCUUCACAAGCAUUUUUAGCAUGCUUUAAACGUUUUAUUUCAAGACGUGGAUGCCCGGCAACAAUUUUUAGUGACAAUGGUACAAAUUUCUCCGGUGCCAGCAAUCAAAUUAAAGAAGUUUAUGACACGCUUAAGUCACAACAGACACAAGAGCAAUUGACUGCAUUUUUCUCAUGCCAUGAAAUACAGUGGCAAUUUAUACCUCCUUUCUCUCCUCACUGGGGUGGUCUUUGGGAGGCAGCUAUAAAAAGUACUAAACAUCACUUACGAAGAUUAAUUGGAAACCAGAAUUUAACCUUUGAAGAUUUUUCCACUAUUUUAGCACAAAUUGAGGCUAUUUUAAACUCCAGGCCACUUCUUCCCCUAUCAGCUGAUCCACUGGACUUAACUUGUCUUACCCCUGGACAUUUUUUAGUUGGAAGUCCUCUCGUUUCGUACCCUGAGCCCAAUGUCUCGUCAAUUCCUGAAAACCGCUUAGAUCGUUGGCAAAGGUUAAGUCAGAUUCAACAAUUCUUUUGGACUAGAUGGACCAAAGAGUAUCUCAACAAUCUUCAGAAUAGGCCUAAAUGGAUGUCCCCAGUCCCCAAUAUUGAAACAAAUGACCUUGUUCUUCUUAAAGAUGAGAACACCAAACCUCUUGAUUGGCCGUUGGCCAGAGUAGUAGACACUUUACCUAAUAAAGAUGGUAAAAUACGCUUGAAAACCAAAGGCAAAGCACCACUAUCCGACUACAGCGUUAUGCAAAAUCCAUUUUCUAUGUCCAGUAAAAUGACAAGUAGUGUUCGUGUCAGACAAUACGGCGACGGUCGUCCUUCCGUUGACAGAACGCACAAAGGACUCCUCCUGACGGCUCCUUUGUGGAGACAACAACAGAGAGAGCGAUGCCGCGUUACCGGACCUCGGGGAAAAGAUCUGUCCGAGAUGUGUCCGAGUGAGUGGCAAUUAGCUACGAGGAGAAUAAUUGGGAGGUUCCGAGAGAGAGAGGAGCAUUAG